AUGGCCGUCUUCGUCGAUCUCGACGAGGAGGAAGAACCGCCAACCGCCCAGCAGCAGAGGCAAGCGUACAACCAUUAUCAUCAUUUCGGCGCGAAGCCCGAGUGGAAUGGCCAGACGCUGCAACAUGCCCAGCCGGCCAAUGGCGCAGAUAAGGGCGGGCACCGGGAGGAGGACAAGGACAAUGAAGCCCAACAUCCUGAGCUCUCCAGCAGCACAACGACGGACAGCAAUGGCUCGGAACCUCUCAACAAGACCGCGAUGACGGAGGCUCUCGGAUGCUAUCCAGUCGUCAUGGCGAUCGCCUCGUCCCUCGACCUCAUCUCGCUCGACAACCUGUCGCGCACGUGCCGGCGCGCCCACGGGGCCCUGCUCCAGUACCGCGGCUCGCUCAUCACCCACACCCUGCACUGCGUCAACGAGGACGUCGCCCUCGACCCCGACGACACGCUCCGGUACCGCGCCCGCGCCGGCAACUGGUUCUACAUGGAGGAUAUCGGCCGGGCCGGCGGAAACUACAACGGCAAGAGCGGCCAGUGUGCCCGCGACAUGGUCGCCGAGUGUCGGAGGUGUGCGAGGGUCGUUUGUCGGAACUGUGCCAUCAAACCGCCAGCACCAAUUGUGCUCCGCGAUAGACACCGCCGUCUCUGCAUCCGCUGCACUAAAGCACCGCUUGGGGCUCUCGCCAAGCCGCGACUCAAGCCAGAUACGCCUAUUGAUGCGGACUUGAUGAAGCGUGCGAUCUGCACAUGCCAGAGCGAGGGUGUCUGGCUCUGCCAGCCCUGCGGGAGGAGUAUACGCGGCGCAGACCAUGAGUACCAGACGAUAUGGCGCUGGCGCAACCAGUACGGCGACGUGAUCGGCGGGCUGGGCACGGGCAUCGGCGACGGCGACCGCGGCGUCAUCUGCGGGCGGGACGCCGAGUGCUGCGCGGCCAAGGAGCGCGAGCACGAGACGGACUGCGACGCCGCCGACGCGCGCGAGCAUGUGCUGUCGAACCCGGGCACGCCGCCGCCCUCCAACCCGCACCCGUUCCAGUCGUGGGCGACGGCAAGUAGCAGCAGCAGCAGUAGCAGCGUCGCAACGCCGUCGCCGCCGUCGUCGCCCCCGGAGCACCACCACGAGCGCGGCCACACGCCGUCGCCGACGCAGCUGGGCCCGGGCUACACGCGGCACGAGAUCGAGGGCAUCGGCGGCGUCGUCAAGACCAAGCGGCUCAGCAUGAUCCGCGUCGGCGCCUGCGUGCCCGAGUGGGAGGACGAGAAGAACAAGGGCGAGAUCCUGGGCCGCGAGAUCAGCGGGCGGGCGAGGAGCUGGUGUGGGUGGUGCUGGAGGGCCAUCCCCGGCAAGAAGGACUACGAGACCGGGGAGCCGGGCAAGGGGAGGAGUAGUCUUCCUACCGUCAAGGCAUGA